AUGAAAAACUCAAUUAUUCAAACCCUCAUCCACGCGAAUCAUAUUUUGCAUCAUCAAAAUGUUGUCGAUGCUUAUGGUCAUGUGUCUGUUCGUCAUCCGGACAACCCAGGUAUCUUUAUCAUGUCGGCAUCGACCGCGCCAGCAUUGGUCUCUUCAAUCUCCGACCUGGUACAUUAUAAUGUAUCCGAUGGUGCUCCAGUAGAUCCGAAGGCGAAGAAAGGGUAUCAAGAACGGUUUAUCCACAGCGAAAUUUACAAGAGAUUUUCAGAAAUCAAUUGCGUUAUCCACAGUCAUGCCGAAGCUGUAAUACCCUACACGAUGAACGGAGUCCAGAUGAGACCGAUAUUUCACAUGGCUGGGUUCCUAGGUGACCACGUACCUAAUUUUGAUAUCACGGAGCUAUACACCUCGAACGAUAGACAAGACUUCUUGGUGAACUCUGGACGGUUUGGCAGUGCCUUGGCCGAGAAAUUCUCCAAGCCGGAAUCAAGCACCCAAGACUAUAACGUCGUCUUAAUGGCGAAUCACGGUUUCACGACGGUAGGAUCAAGUAUCAAGCAAGCCAUCUACCGUGCCAUUUAUACUCAAGUCAACGCGGGUCUCCAAGCAAAAGCUGUUAUGCUCAGGAAUGCCGAGGAAAGAGUUGCUGACCUUGGCCCUCUUAGGUUUUUGAAUGCCGAACAAGCUUCUGAUUCCGAAAAAUUUAAUGAUGAUACCGUAGAAAGACCUUGGCAAUUAUGGGUGCGAGAAGUUGAGGCAAGCCCUUUGUAUCAGAAUGAAGCAACAAAGAUGGAUUCCUCAGAUCAGGUAUGA